AUGGCAACUGCUUCGUUGGUCUCUGCUGCUCUGAAAAGGCUUGAGGGAAAGGUGGCUCUGAUCACCGGUGGUGCAAGCGGCAUCGGAGAGGCCACCGCGAGACUCUUCUCUCAAAACGGAGCUAAAGUCGUUAUAGCUGACAUCCAAGACGAUCAAGGUCAUUCUGUUUGUCAAGAGUUGCACAAAUCAUCAACUUCCUAUGUUCAUUGCGAUGUGACAAAUGAAAAAGACGUAGAAAACGCCGUGAACACAACGGUUUCCAAGUACGGUAAACUAGACAUCAUGUUUAACAACGCCGGCAUAACCGGUGUAAACAAUACCAACAUACUUGAAUACAAAUUAUCCGAUUUUCAACAAGUGAUUAACGUUAACUUGGUUGGUGUCUUUCUCGGAACAAAACAUGCUUCAAGGGUAAUGAUCCCUGCUAAACGAGGUAGCAUAAUUAACACAGCUAGUGUUUGUGGAAGCAUAGGCGGUGUGGCUUCACAUGCUUACACGAGUUCAAAGCACGCCGUCGUGGGGCUGACGAGGAACACGGCGGUCGAGCUUGGACCGUCUGGCGUUCGGGUGAACUGCGUGUCUCCUUAUGUGGUUGCUACUCCGUUGGCUAAGAAUUUCUUUAAGCUUGAUGAUGAUGGGUGUCUAAGCGUUUAUUCAAACUUAAAGGGUGCUAAUCUUAUGCCAAAUGAUGUUGCUGAAGCUGUUUUGUUCUUGGGAAGUGAUGAGUCAAAGUAUGUUAGUGGUCAUAAUCUUGUUGUUGAUGGAGGGUUUACAGUUGUGAACAAUGGAUUCUGUGUCUUUGGACAAUCUGUCUGA